GCUUUGCAUAUCUGACAGCCAACAAAUUGGCUUUCUGUUAUUGGUGGCCGUUAGUAGUUAGCGUUCAACAAAAAACCACAUGAAAAGAUGAGUUUGAGUAUCUUUGGUGGAGACAAGCGACAGGCAUUUUUCUGGAAUAAUUAUUGCCGGUGAAAUGGAUCAAGACGGGGACGUAGUUGUCUUCAGUUGUAACGACCACCAUAUCAAAACUUUCAAGAAGAUGGAAGGUUAUCGAAAAGAUUCCAAACUAUGUGAUAUUAUUUUGGUGGUUGGGGAGAAGAGGUUAAAGGCUCAUCGACUCGUUCUCGCUGCUUUCAGCGAUUAUUUCAGCGCUUUGUUCACUGGUGAACUCUGUGAAAAGGGGCAAAGUGUGGUGCAUUUAACUGACAUGGAUCCCCAAGCUGUCGAGGAUCUCGUUCAGUAUGCAUACACUUCUCAUGUCGAAAUACGCGUAGACAACGUGGAGAACUUACUCUCAGUGUCGUGUAUUUUACAGAUUGAUGAAGUGAAGGAAGCCUGUUCUGAAUUUAUGGAGCAUCAAUUGCAUCCUAGUAACUGUUUGGGUAUUCGUGCUUUUGCGGAUGGACACGGUUGUAGCGAACUGUAUAAAAUCGCCGAUGCAUUCACAAAGGAGCGAUUUGUUGACGUUGUCAAAAAUCAAGAAUUUGUGCUUUUGAGCUCGGAAUGCGUCGCUCGGCUCAUUUCAAGCGAUGAUCUCAAUGUUUCCUCUGAAUCGCAAGUUUAUGACGCUCUCUGCGUCUGGGCAGAACACGAUAAAGAAAGCAGAAAGAAACUAUUGCCGAGAUUGCUUGGACUUGUUCGAUUGCCUCUUCUCGCGCCGGAAUUUCUUGUCGAUAAAGUGGAGAUGUCAUCACUAUUCCGUGAUAUCAGCUCCUGUAGGGAGCUCGUUAUCGAGGCAAUGAAAUACCAGCUUUUACCAAAACGGCGAUUUCAACUUCAGAAUGCAAGGACAACCCCAAGAAAGUCUACAGUUGGCAAACUUUAUGUCGUUGGAGGUAUGGAUUCAUCUAAAGGGGCAAUCCAAAUUGAACGCUAUGACCCACGCAAGAACCAGUGGUCUGUGGUGUCUCCAAUGGUUACCAGAAGGUUGCAGUUUGAUGUGGCUGUGUUAGGAGGCAAUCUUUAUGUUGUGGGAGGUAGAGAUGGACUAAAGACUUUGAAUACUGUUGAAUGUUACAAUCCAAGGACAAAACAGUGGGGUCCUGUGCCAUCCAUGAGCACCCAUCGCCAUGGCUUGGGAGUAGCAACCUUGAAUGGUCCUCUGUAUGCUGUGGGUGGCCAUGAUGGCUGGUCCUACUUAAGCACAGUGGAAAGAUUUGACCCUGAUACCAAACAGUGGAGUUUUGUUGCACCAAUGACUACAGCACGAAGCACUGUGGGAGUGGCAAUACUUAAUGGCAGACUCUAUGCGGUUGGGGGAAGGGAUGGUUCUGCUUGUCUGAGCUCAGUUGAAUGUUAUGAUCCCCACACCAACAAAUGGUCAGUAACUUGCCCCAUGUUGAAGAGAAGGGGAGGUGUAGGUGUGGCUGUUCUGGAUAAUUUUCUGUAUGCUCUAGGGGGUCAUGAUGCACCUGCCAGCCAAGACUGCUCUCGCCAAUUUGACUCAGUGGAAAGGUACAACCCUAAUACAGACCAGUGGACUAUGGUUGCACCCAUGAUCAACUGCCGUGAUGCUGUUGGGGCAGCGUGCCUUGGUGACAGGUUAUAUGCCAUUGGUGGGUAUGAUGGAUCCAAGUAUUUGAGUGCAGUGGAGUCAUAUGACCCUGAGAAGAAUAAAUGGGAAGAAGUUGCCUCUCUCAACUCUGGAAGAGCUGCAGCCUGUGUGGUGUCAGUGUCUAGUGAUGCGGUAGCAAGUUGAUGCUUUUGUUCAACCCUUACAGACUAAUUAUUAUUUGAAUUAAGGGACUGCUCUUUGACAAAGAGUUCUAAAAACUGUAAGGGCCUAAAAUGUUUCAUUUCUUGAAACCAAUUGAUUGACAGUGCGAAAUAACUAGACUGAAGUUAUUAUACUGUGGUUAGUUUGUGGUUUACUCUAGAACCCAAACCCUGAUCUUCAAAGUGAUCCGUCACAAUGAACAUUUGCAAAAUAUAAGAUAGUUAGGUUUUAUAAUAUGAGUUGACGAUGUGAAUUGGCUGCUGAAAUUCUGAAGCUGACAUAGGGAGUAUUAGCCCUUGGUCAGAGAUAAUGUAUUAGCUCUGACAAAGGGCUUUUGCUCUAAACAUCAGUCCUAGAACCUCUUCAUGAUGGCUAAUUCACAUCAUAAGCUCAGGUGAUUGAAUCAAAUUAUCCAGUAAUACCCUCCACUGAUGCAGCACCACCACUUAUUUUAAAAACAUACUUCCUUUUUCACAGAAUAUAUUAUGUGUUCAUUAUUUUCCAAGGUUGGCAGUCAUUUUUUUUUUAUCAUUUUCUAAUAGUUAUUACAGCAAAUGAAUCCACAGACAUACAGAUUAAAAUGAUGAAAGGUUUUAUGAUCAGUAUAUAUUAGUUGAAUCAAAAAUGUUUGUACAUUUCAAGUAUUUAUCAAAUAAUGGAGAUACUAUCAAGAUGCAAUCUGUUUGGACAAAAAACCUUAUUGCUCAUUAUUAGCAAUCAACAGCCAUAUACAAAUGGAAGCUGACAGGUUUUUUCAUCAGGUAAACUCAUGACAAGUGCAUUCUUUUGCUAGAAAAAAAAGUUUGUAGUUAAUUGACCAGAGUGGAGAGCAGUGUGGUCUGAAAUAAUAACUUUGUUUUCCAAAUUGAACCAGAGAGGGGAAUUGCUGGAAUUCUUGUGAAGUCUUUAGAUACAACUAGGUCCUCUACUAACAAAUUUUAUCCCUUGUCAAAAAUGUUGAGAGUUAUUAGAAUACCUUUUGAUACUCUUUGAAAAUUUCCAAUUCUUGGUUGAUAUUUAUUUUCUAUUAUUACCCCAAAGCAUUAUUUUUAUGAAUAAGAUUAUUUCAGUUCCUAUUUAUAGUGUGCAGAGUCUGAAAUUAUCACAAGUUAAAUGCAAAACUACUUACAGAAAAGGGUGAUUAUGGAACAACAAGUUUUCAGCAACAUUUCUAAGUUAGCUAAGGAUGUUGUUGGCAGGCAUGCUUUGGGGCAGUUAGCUUUGAACAAUUAACUUGAGAGGCAAAAUUUACAGAAUUAUGGAUAUUAAAUUGAUUUAUGAUAAAGUUGGCAUUGAUUUGAUCAGAAUAUAUAAAUAAUAAUAAAUCUUUGACUUUUAACCAUAAUAUAAUUUUUAUUUUGUUUGUAACUUGUAAUAAUUGUGCAAAGUUAUAUAUUAACUUAACUGCAGUGGAUCAGGAAAAUGUUGCAAGAGUUUUAUUUUGUACAUGGUGUUCUGAUUGACAACCAUCUGUCCUGGAAAUGUCACGUGGACUAUAUUGCCAUGAAGAUGAGUAAAAUUGUUGGAGUAAUAGCUCAUCUAAGACACUUCGUUCCUUUCUCUACUUUGAGAAGUAUAUAUAUCAGUCCCUCAUGCUUCCCUACUUGACAUAUGGUUUGAUAUCUUGGGGACAGGCGUCAAAAGCCCAUCUUAAUAAACUAUUGUUACUUCA